AUGGAGCCACCAGCCCAAGACAACUUCUUUUGGGGAUCAGGAACCUGGCUGGAUCUUCUACCCGUCCCAGACGAACCAGUUCCCCUCGACCUUUCUCCGGGUGCGGCGGCUCUUCCAGCACCGCCCGUGGACCUUCCGGUGCCAACCCACAGCCACGACCAAAUCGAGAGUAUGAAAAAUGUUCUGAUUCUCAUGUGUACCCGCAUGGACAAGCUGGAAACAGCAAUGGGAGAGAUGACACGGACGAACAGCCGGGUGGGGGACGUUCUUAACCAGGUCCUGGAAGCUAUCAAUCAGACAAAAGACUCCAUUGAGAGGGUCAGAGAGGGCUUGAGUGACUUCGCUCGUACCGUUGUUCACUACAUGAAGGGCAUGCUCGGGCACGAGGAUAGCGAGUAG